ACCCUAAAACCCUAACUAGCAUAAGUGAGAAGAGAUAGAGACAGUGACACCGCUUUGUCCCUAACAAGCAACGCAGUGGCUGAGGGGCGGACGGAGUCGCCGCACCAGUCCGUAUCAACUGCACGCGUUUCCACCAUUCAAAUUGCAAUUGUGAGUAUAGAAGAAGCGGAAUCUUUCUUGUAAUUCCAAUCAUGACUUUACUAGAAGUAAUUAAGGAUGCUUCAGUCAAUUCAAAACCACUUGAUUCACCUAUUGACUACCCAAUUGUUCUGAACCCAGAUGGUAUCUUGCCUAAUUUAAAGCCUGAAGUUGAAGAUGAAUCUUCCUCAUCCCUCAUAAAACCCCUUAUUGGGUGGCAACUUUCACAAACUGAUGCUGAGAUUAUUGACAUUAGCAAAAAGUUCUUUAUACAACUGAAGGCUAAGCUCAAGAACAAUAAUGACUUGAAUAAGGGUGAGUUUAUUGGUAGUUUGAAUUCCUAUCUAGAAAACAUCAGGGACAAAUUAGGGGUUGUAAUUGAGUUUGAUCCAUCCUGUAGUGGUUAUAACAGGGCUUUGAUUGAUAAGCUUGGAGUUUUCAUGGGUAAAGAUGUUGCUGGCCUGGUUUUGGAUGGGAGUGUUUCUUUGGAGAUUUGGGAAGUGGUCAAGGCUUUGAUUGUUAAUGGUAUUACUGAGCAUUCUUGUUAUUCAAACCUGAUUACAAAGUUAGUGGAAAAAAAGAGGUCUGAUUUGCUCUGUUUAUGCAUUACGCAUGGUUUCGAUCUUGGUUCAUCAGAAAUACUUACCAUUUUGAGGUACUUUCUUUCUCCGUCCAAAGAUGCUUAUAACAGUAUGGUAACUGUGAAGAAGGAUUGGGAGUGCCAAGUGCUGUUGGCCAUUGAGAAAGCAAAUGAUAGCAAUCUGAAGAAGUACUUGCUUACGGCGAAGGAGGCUUCUAUUUUGCUUAUGAUGGCAUAUGAUGGUUUCUCUGCGUCUGAGAUUUGUUUGCAUUAUCUGUUUGCAUCAUCCAACAUCAAUGAUGUGGUGUUAUCCCCUUCAUUCAGUAAGUUGAAUGGCAAAGAGUUAAUAAAUUUGAUUCGUUAUUUAGCCAAGUGGUUGAAGAAAUAUGAGAGGUUUCCUCAAGCAGGACCGUGUCCAAAAGCCUCAUCAGUUUCAGAGGCUUGUGAAUGGGUUCCUAAACUCGAAGAUGUUAUAAAAUGUCUUGGCUUAGUGCUUGAUGAGAAAUUUUCUUCAUUGGUGUUACAUCCACAGUUUCAUGAGGAGCUGAGAUCAAUUGAAGAAGUGGUUAGUUGUUUAACCGAUGAAGCCAAAUUUUGCCACUUGAUGACUGAUGUAGUGGACAAACUAAAGAUCGAAGUGAAAAGUGAAAAUGAUUAAAUCCCUUCCGAAGAUUAUGUUCUGCAUUUUUUCUAAUGAUGUGCUAUUGUAUGAACAAUGAUCAGUGAACACACAUCUCUCUCCGUAUCCUCUUUUCACACAAUACCUGGAUGGACAGAGAGACCAUAACUCCAGGAUAUGUGUAUUUUGUUAAGGAUCGGGACUACAGUUUCAUUCAGAGAUUCAUGCCUUCACAGAAUAUUUUUUUGAUAUCCAGGAAAAAAAAAAUUGUAUUAGGAUUCUAUGCAGUAUAACCUUUUUUUUUUGGGUCACAACAUUGGUCUUAGUAUGCCUUGCUUAAUUUAUGUUGUGCAAAACGAUUUUCUUGUGAUCCAUAAUAUUUUUUGGUGCCACGUUAUCCAAUUUGCUUUCAUGACCUGUGAGAGUAGUUUUACUGUAUGUUGCCUCUGCACAAGGCAACGCAGGGAAGGUAAACUGAAGAUAGAGCUUGCAAAUUGUGAAAUCAACAGGGAUCCGUUCAGAUGA